CAUUUCUCUUUUUGCUGCCACCUCAGACAAUAAAAACAAGGCGAAGCCCACACAGGCGGCAGCAUCUCGAGCCCAAGUCAAAGCCAGGCAUCCGGGAAUCGACUGAAGAGGGGGAGAAAUAUGGAAGCACGGCCGCCGAUCUGGGAAAGAGAGAUGUAGCUGCAAAGAUGCCGCCCCACCGCAUCUCCUGUUUGCUCCUGUUCUUGUCGGUUUGGGAGGCGCUGGCCAAAUCUCUGCCGGAUCAGGGAGCAUUUGAGGUGCAAGUAAAAGUCCAGGUUUUUGACAACAGUGACCUCUCACCGUUAGCAGACGCUCAGGUAGAAGUCCAUGGGAAUCAGACGCUUUUGGCAUCCAGCCAUGCCGGCAGCGACGGUGUGGUGAGACUCAGCUUCCUGUACAGAGCGGGCACCUGGGUCAUCAUCACAGCCUCCAAACGGGAUUACAUCACCAACUCGGUGCCCUGGCACUCCAGUCGGAUCCCAUUGUACGCCUCGGUCAGCCUGUACCUCCUCGUUGAGAGGCCAGGAACUCUUAUUCUGUACGAUGACAUCCUACAGGUUUUGUCUGGAUCACCAGGAGCCCGAAACCAGCCGCUGGUUCAGCUACAGAGGAAGUCCAUUCAGCUGCCUUCCAGCUCUAACUACACGGCAUUGUCUGCGACUCUGACCACAGCCAGAAGUCAGUAUGAGAUUGGUGGGUUCCCGUUUCUUUUGGGCCAGGAGACCAACAGCUCAGGUGCAGAAACGGGAUGGGCAGACCUGACAGCACUGGCAGUGGUCAGCAUCCAGCUGUUUGAUAAGGAUGGCAGUACGAUCCAGGUCUCUGACCCGAUCCACAUCUCUGUACCGCUGCCGUCUGACACCCGAAACAGGAUGGCCACGAGUGUCCCUACUUGGCUUUAUCAGCCAAAGACGGGAUUGUGGGUUCGGAAUGGGACUGGCUAUAUUAAAAAGGACGGGACACAGUUUGUUUGGAACGCUGUGGUUCCUCAGAUGGGAUACUGGUUGGCUGCCUUUCCUUCAUCUUCAGGUUUUGGUCUUUCUCAUCCAGGUUUGAGGGACAUCACCACCUACCACACCCUCUUCCUGUUAUCCAUCCUGGGUUCACUGGCUCUGCUGGUGCUCAUCCUGCUCUGUGUGCUGCUCUACUACUGCAGACGAAAAUGCCUAAAACCUCGCCGACAUCAAGGCAAACCCCACUCAUCCAAUCUCAAUGGAGCUAAGAGAGACCAGGGAACAUCAACUUCACGUCUGAAUCUUAUUUGUGGAGGCCACGUGGAAUCAGGCCCCUCCAACGACAAAUCUGACAUGUCUCCAUCUCGAGACUACCAGAGUUCAAGAGAAGACCUGACUAAGCAUGUUCCAGCUCACAUGCUGCGACAUGCCAAAGGGAAAAGCACCUCGGGUUCCCAGCGGGGAGAGAGCUUCCCCAUGAAGGUUACACGUGCCACUGAGACCAACAACCUGGACAACCCUUUACUACAUGAAGACUACAACCGAAGCUACAGCCCCAAGGAGAGCAAGGAGUCUGAUUACCACAGACAUCACAAUGCCAAUGACAAUCGAGGAUACUCGUCCGAUCCCCCGUCUCCACCUCGCUUCCAGGGAUACGUACCAAGUCAGUCUGACAAACCUCCAGAAUAUUCAGCAGCAGCAGCAGAUAGCCUUGCCAGACCAACCUCCCUUAACACCCAGCCAGGUCAGAUUAUUUUCUGCAGCUCCAUCGACCAGAUGAAGGAGAACAUGUACAGGAGCAUGGUGCCAACCCUGGUUAUCCCAGCACACUACAUGCGCCUGCCUUCUGAGUUCUCUGGCAAGGAUGGGAAGGAUGGGAAGGACCAAGACAAAGAUGGGACACAGAUGGGAGGAGGCCAGCAGCAUCACCACCACCACUCCCAAAAACAAGGCCAGCAGCAACAAGGUGGAUCUCAGGGUGACGACUCUGAGGAGCCGAGCUGGGCCUCUGACUCUUCCGGCGGAGCUGUGACCAUUCCUGUGCUCUUCAACGACUCCACAAUGGCUCAGAUGAAUGGGGAACUGCAGGCUCUGACGGAGAAGAAGCUUCUGGAGCUGGGCGUCAAACAGCACCCACGAGCAUGGUUCAUCUCCCUGGAUGGUCGCGCGAAUGCUCACGUCCGCCACUCCUACAUCGACGUCAGCAAUGACCUCAGCGGUGGCGGGUUUGGAGGUGGCUCCAGUAGCACUCAGCGAGAUGUGAACCUUGAGCCGCCUCUUGAAUCUCAAGAGAGAAAAUCAUCGGGCAAUCGUAAGGGAAAGGAUGAGCGCUGGGGGACAGGAGGACGGAAGGGCCACGGCAUCGGCAGUGGCGGCGGAGGUGGGAAGAAUUACUCCAAACUUGCCUACCCUGACCACAGCGAGCCCAGCAGCAGUGAGGGACGCCCGGUGUCACCAGAAGAGAAUUCCCUAACUCCUCUUCUCGAUGAAGGGUCGUCCUCACGUGGAUCCACCAUCCCCAGAAGAGGUCGCAGCCGAGGGAACAGCAGUCGCAGCAGCAACAGUGAGAAUCGCCGUGACUCUAUGACGAGCCCCGAGGAUGACCCCGACGACAAAGAUGAGAACAAGAAGAGCCCCUGGCAGAAGAUUGAAGACAGACCUCUCAUGGUGUUCCACCCUAGGAAGUGAGAUUUUCAAACUUGGUGAACACUGGAUCUUUGAUGAACAUUGAGGUGGACUGAAUUUUCCCAGCAGGAAGAUCCCAAUAAGCACAACCACUGCUUCACUGGUCCACUUUCUGGUUGUUGUUUGACAUUUUUGAUGAUUGUCUCAGUUGACCCCUCUGAUUUCUGCUGAUUCUGUCCAGUUUAUUGCGUAUCCUGUGACUUCACUGAACCAUCAUCUGAGCCAUCCCUAAUGCCGACAGUGGAUAUAGCCAUUUUGUAGAGUGAAAUACAAGAUUAGAGCACUUAAACUUUGAUGACUGAUUGAUACUUACCAAAUAUAACAGAUUACUUGUUUUACGGGAUUUAUUUAUAUGUAGCUCAAAUUAAAUCCCUUACAUUGAUUCUAAAUUCACUCAAAAUCUCACUCUUUCUUCUAUUUAGUGAUUGGAAAAGGAUUGUAUGAAGGACAGAACAUCUCAAAGACUGGAGAAGUCUGAAAUGUGUCACAUUUCUCUGAAGCACCUGUGAACAAAUAUUUUAUUUACAUCUUUUUGAAGAAGAAAUAAUUUCUUCUUCCUCCUUUACUGUGUUAAUGUAUUGUGGUCUCUUGUUUAAAUCGUACUGGUUUGAAAUUUUAAGCAUAAUCUUAAAGUCACCCUUUGUGUCACUGACUUAUCACAGUGAUGUACUGUACAAUUUGCCAAAAUGUCUGCCUUUCUCCUGUUGAGAUUUUUGUUUUUUGGCCAGCAGAACUUUUUUGUGUAAGUAGACCCUCAGACAUUUGAGUGACAAUUUGUUAUAGAAAGAUUGCAUGCAUAUGAAUGUAUGAAGUUAACGGAAGGCACCAAAAGCCCCAGCUCUACUGUUCUUUAGGCUCCUGUGCAGCCAGUCCCUAAUCGCCACAAUAUGUCUGCAACUCAGCAAAACCGCCAAUUUACUUGAAGAUUCACUACUGAGAUAGACACAGUGGAUUGCAUACAAGGCCUGUACCACUUCUCUCCUGUAAGUGCCUUCUUUCACACAGAAUCGAGUGAUGGGCAUGGUUUAUAAAAUGCAGUUAGCUGUCACCUAAACCAGUCUGUCGAAAUCGAUAGGCACUGAUAAGCACACUGCAUUGAGGUAACAACAUGUGACACUGAGGAGCAUGCCUGCCAAAUCUGACAGCUUUUCUUGUGGCUAUUCUAUCCUUGGAUAUCUGACAUCUUGUAAUUAUCCUGUUUUUCACCAAACUUGUAAAUGUUCUGAUGAAUUCUAUGAGAUUUUAUGUGUAUAAAACGUGCAUGUAACAUGUAGUAUAGGGUGUUUUUAUUGAAACCUUUUCAAAGAUGUUAAUGAGGAUAUUUGGCACAAAAACAUCACAGUUGCAGUGAAAUCUGUUGCCAAAUAAAUGAAGAUACACUGACUUUUCUCCCUAAAGAGAUAGUUAUUUGCUUUUUUUGGUGGGAUUGUGUGGGAAAAUUUGAAGUUGUACUAUCUUGCUGUGGACAGCAGCCAGAGCAAAUUCGGCUUGAAAAAUCAGAGAAAUUCAGAUAGAAGGGUCCAGUUAGACCCUUCUAUCUGAUAGAUACAAUCAGAGUAGAGCUAAUAAAUGAUCACAAUUAAGCCAACAGCUUAGUUUUAAUUAGAGCCAAGUCAAUAAUAUUAAGAGAUCAGUGUGAAGUUAAUCAUAAUCAAUUCAUCUAUUUGAGAAUAAGCUACCCAGGGUUAAGAAAAAAACUAAUUUUAGCCAAAGAAACAGCUACUGGGUCAAUUUUACAUCCAAGUCAAGGGAAUGGUUACCAAGUCAAGCUAAAAUAAAUACAGCUAACAUUUGCUCAAACUAAAAAUCAAGCUAGCAGCUACUCAAAGGCCACAGCUUCCCUACCAAGUAGUACAGGGUAACUGUUAACUUGACUAUUUUUUUUUUCCCCCCCUUAUUUUCCCAACUAAGACCGAUUUGAGUGCUUUCUACUACAGGUAAGCUACUGACUGCAUCCGCUUUCUCCACACAACUCCACUUUAAAAACACCUAAUCUCUUUAAUCUUGCUGUAACAAAAUUUACUUCCGGUCAUAAAUGUUUACAAGAACAACAUACUGACCAACAUGCUCCCGAUGUUACUAGCAUCACUGCCUACGAUUCAUCAGCAACUGUGAACUUGAAGUUUUUUUUUGUUGUUUGUUGCAGAGUUAUCGACUGAAUGCAUAAAUAUUGUUGGAAAAGUCAUGCUGGAGGAUUUUCACCAUCCGCCUGCUGUUCAUAUGCUUGUGUCACAUAGAGUACAAACUGAAAAUGCGAUGUAAUUCUAGGGAAUAACCACAAAAUCAAUCUAGCCAACUUAUGUUGUUCAUUUGGUAAAUGUAAAGGGUUUUUUUUAGUAUUUGGACAAAUUAUGAAUUUUUUAUAAAGUGUGAAGUUGUGGCUUUCUUUGCCCAAGUUUCUUUUACACACAAGUUGUUUUUUUAAGUUAAUGUAGAUAACUUGCAACCCACAAACAUUGCAAAUGAUUCACACAACUGAAUCCCCUGUGGAGAUCCUUUCAAGUGCAGUUCACUUUGUUGGAUUUUGUGCAUGUGAGGGUGAGGAGGUCAGAACUGUAGGCCAUCAUCCUGUGCACUAAAUCAUAUGCAUCAUACACCUGGUCAGUUGUUUGUAAACUGUAAAAUUGAUCCUUUCUGUAUAUUAGACAAGAUACAAAUAAAUUUGUUCCCACAUUA